UCCAACUACAUUCAUAUGUUCCAUAUUCUCCCUUUUUUACAAACACAAAUUUAUUCACAAUAUGGCCACACUUCAACUACAUUCUUGAUUGUCCAUAUUAAUGUAAACAAAAGAUCACCACUUUAUCACUUUUUUUUUUUAUAACUCUUGUAUGUACUUUUUCUUUCACACUUUCAUAAAGUUUUGUUAUAUUUCAUGUGUAAUUUGAGAAAACCACUUUGGUCAACAACAACAACAAUUAUGGAUAUUGAAGCAACAAAAUUAAGUGUUGAAGAACAGAUUAGAGCAAAAGAUGAUGAGUUAAACCAACUCAAAUAUCUUCUUAAUGACGUCAUUAAUGAAAGAAAUGAAGCAAGGAAAAAUUACCAAUCUCUCCUUGUUGACAAAUUAUUUCUCCAAAAACAACUUGAUCACCACCACCAUAACCACCGUGAAACCACCACACCUCCCCUGUACUCCGGCGUCUCAACCAUUGAAGAUGAGCCCAUUACAAAUUACGGGUUUUCUUCCUCUGAUUGCGAAGAGAGCAUCGUUUCUUCACCACCCCUGGAAAUCCCAUUUCCGGCGCCGGAAAUUGUGAUUCCGACGAAGGGGUUGCCGGAAAAUGGGAAAUUUUUAGAAGCAGUGAUGAAAGCAGGGCCUUUGUUACAGAAUCUGUUACUGGUGGGACCACUACCACAAUGGCACCACCCACCUCCGCAGUUGGACACAUACCAGAUUCCGCCGCCGCCGUUGGUGAUCCCACCUCUGCCACGUGUCAACCAUUUAGUACGUCAACAAUCUUUAACACGUAGCAUGAUAAUUAUUGGCAACAGUUGUGGUGAGUUUAACAAUCAAAGGGAGUUUUCUGAAGACUGUGAUUCUUCGACAAAGACCAAAUACCAAAGAAUUUCAUUUUAAGUUUGACUCUUGUUAAGACGACGACAAUAACAACAAUGCUCAAUCUUGUCUGUUAAAAGCGGGAUAUAGAAAGCCGUAUCUCAAUGCGAAGGUAAAAGAGAAUGGUUCUAGACUCUUGUUAAUGCAUUUUACAUAAUAGAGAUUUGACUUUUAGUCAAAUUUAUAAUCAUAGAUGUAUUUAUUAAACUUUUUCGAUUUGUUAUACUCCAAGAAAUUGAAGUUAAAAUUAGAACCA